AUGACUGGCCCAAAGCAGCUCAGUCAUACGGCCCUUGCCGAUGGCUUCCUCUUCGGCGAGGCGCCGCGAUAUAAAGACGGGCUUCUCUACAUCAGCGACAUGACAGGCCGCACCAUAAACACCAUCGACACAAAGUCAGGCGAGAAGAAGGUGCUGUGCACGGUAGAGAACCAGCCGAACGGCAUGUGCUUCAUGCCGGACGGGGCACUGAUCUGGUCAUCCAUGUUCGACGCCAAGCUAUACCGCCAUGACUUCUCGACCGGCAAGGACACGCUGUACGCCGACAUGUCCGGGGUCAUGACGGGCUACUGCGGCGACAUGACGGUGGACAGCACGGGCCGCGUGUACGUGGACGACACAGGGGCGCGGGUGCUGCACGGCGAGCAGCCGUGUGCGGGUCGACUGUUGAUCGUCGAGACGGACGGGUCCGUGGACGUGGCGGCCGAAAACAUCAUGUUCCCGAAUGCGCUCUUCAUCAGCAACGACGGCGAGACCAUCUACUGCGCCGAGACGUUCGGGUACGGCCUACUGCGCUGGGAUAUCGGCGCCGCUGGCCGUGUGACCAAUCGUCAGAAAGUCUGGUCGCCGGCCGUUUUGUCACCCUCGGGCCAGACUGGCCACACUGAAUCGCACGGCCUCGUGGGAAUUGAUGGUGGAUGCAUGGAUGCUGAUGGCGGCAUGUGGCUUAGCCUGCUGGGCCUUGAGAAGUUUGUUCGUGUUGACCAGCAAGGCUAUGUCACUCAUGAAAUUCAGGUCUCCGGGCAUGCUACGGCCUGCACGCUCGGUGGCCCUGAUGGCAAGACCUUGUACUUGGUCACCAAUUGGACCCCAGAGCAUGAGAAUCUCUUCACAGCGAUGGUUGCCAAGCAGACCAAGUGUACUGUCAGCUAUGCCCAGGUCGAGGUUGGGAAAGGCACGGCCAGCCCGUAA